AUGGAUAAAAAUAAAGCUAGGAAAUCAACUCAAACUCCUGCUAAUAAAAGACAAUCAACUCCAGGUGGCUCAAGUUAUAGUGCUAAUCGUACCAAUAGUAAUAAAAGUUCUGAGAAAUGUCCAAAUGUUCGAUCCAAAAGUACCUUAUCCAGAAAUGGUAAAUAGCACCACUGAUGAUACCUACUAUAAGUAAUAAAUUAAAAUAUAACAAGUGCAUUAAUAUUAUAAUCUCACUUUAUUAUAGAUGUUAGCCAAAAUAUUACCUUUGGAAGAAAAGAUAGUAAUGGUAGUAUGCCAAAUUUAAAUGCAAGUGGUAGUAGAAAUAAUAAAAUAGACAAAACUACUCGACUUCGAUUUGCGUAUGAUGAAUAUCUGAGUAGUUUAGAAGCAAAAUAUAUAUUCCAACUUAAUGAAGAAAAAAUAAACUCAAAUAUUAAUCAACAAAAAAAAGUUUUUAUGGGAGAAUUUGAUAUGCUUAGAAAACAAAUGCUAUCAUUAAUUGACAAAUUAAAAUCAAUAAAUUCGUUAAAAAUAGAAAAAAAUAGUUUAGACAAAAAAACUGAAGUUAUUGAAACCCUCUGUGUGUAAUGUUAUAUUGUAUUAGUUAUUCAAUAAAUAAAUAAAUUUAAUUUGUGUAUAUCUAACUAUAAUUAUUAUUUUCAUUUUAGAUAAAAAUGUUGAAGUUAGUAAACCAGAUGAAAAGAUUAUGUCACUGUUUACUAAUACAGUAUCUAAAAUUGUUGUGAAGAAUUAUAAAAAAAUGGAUGAAAAUGAUUUAAGUGAGUUUACUAUAAAUGCAUUUUGCCUACAUGUAAUAUUUUCAUUGUUUUAACGGUUUUAUAUUUUAUAAAAAUAAUAUUAAUUAAAUGUACUACAAAUUAAUAGUUCAUAAAAAUGAUAGGUACAAUAAAAUAUUUAAUUUUCCUUAUUACAACGUUAGAUAGUAUUGUUUUAUUUAAUUAACUUUUUAAAAGUUUAUGUAAGUUGUUACCUUGGUUAUUAGUUUUUUUAAGAACUUUAACUAUGAUAUUUUAAAAAAUUAUUGUUUUAAAAAUUGUAUUGUACAUAUAAUUUAUAUUGAUUUCCUAUUUAAUAGAUACUGUUAAAACUUUACUCAGUGAAAUUAUAGAACCCUUAAAACUACUUGAUUAUGAAAAUAAAAUAUCAGCACGUAUUCAACUCAAAGAUCUGUUAAUUAAAUUAGUGAUGUUAACAAAUGAAUUGGAUAAAUAUAAAGUAAAGUAAGUAAUAUGCAGUGGUGAUUAGGGGAGUGUCUUUGUUAGUCCUUAGUAUCUUAUUUAAAUGUUAUUAAAUCCUUUAGUACUUAGCUUCAAUAUUUUAUAAAAUAACAAAGUAAAAACAAAAUUAUUAAAAUGGUUAAUACUCUUAAAUAAAUAUGUUAAUAAAAAAUAAAUAAAUGAAUAAAUGCGUCAUCUGGAGUAUUAUGAUAAGUGUAUUAUACGACCGGUUUCAAAUUAAAAAUUCAUCAUCAGAUGUAUUACAGUUAAAAUGUAGAAUGCAACUGAACAUAAAAAAUUAAAUGAAGUCUGUAUUAAUAUCAAAACUUAUAUUAUGGUUAUUUUCUAAAACAUGUUUAGCAAAAUUUGAAUUAGGGGCAGUCUUUAAAUUUAUUUCAGAAAUGUGUUCUUUAUAACUUAUUUUAAAAUUUCUACUCGUCUUACCAAUAUAAAAUGUAUUACAGUUAAAUUUAAGUUUAUAUAUACCAGUAUUUUCAAAAUGGGGGGUUUAUUAUGAAGUUUUUAGUAAUAGAACUUAAAAAGUUAACGUUUCACUACUGCAAUAUGCUAAUUCAAGCUAUUUAAAAAGAAAAAUUUCGUAGAUCAUUUAACAUGACUAAAUAUAACCAAAAGUUGGGACAUAUAGUAGGACGCGAACAUUUUACACAUUUUAGAGGGACUAUUCGUCGAUAGAUUCUAAAAGGGAAUAAGUCUUAAGAUUUACCUUAUUUGCGCCUAAGAUAUUUAAAAAUUUCAAGACUAGAAUUUUUUGUUAGCUGUCGAGUUAGGUGGUUUGUGAGCCUCACCAAAAUAUUUACCUCUCAAAAAUUUUGAUUUUGCCAAGUCACUGAUAUUAUAUAAUAUUAAAACAUGAAUGGAAAAAAAUAUAUAUUGUUAUUUAUUUAUAUCGUUUAAAUUUAAAUUAUAUAUUUAUUUCUAAGAGCUGAAGAAUUAUUUGAUAAACAAGAGCAUAUGCAAAAUUAUAGUUCAGCAAUCAAAAUAUCAAAAGAUCAACUUGAAGAAAACCAAGAUAUGACAUUGCUGGUAAACAAUAUUAAUAUUAUGGAAGAUAUUCAACAAGUUUUGGAUGAAAUAUAA